CUUGUCAUUACCUAACAAGUCGCGCUCUGCCUGCGCUGUCAGACAGAUGCAGCUCCGGCAGCACCUCCGACCCACAGACUCACUUCUACCGCUCUGCCUGCUGUCGGCUGCUUUCCUUUUCCCUGUUUCACCCGUCUGUGCUGAGCGACCCUGGCCCACUCUUCUUCUCCUCUUCCGCUUGAAUUCACUACGCUAUAGCCGCGAUGGCGUGCCAUCUUCUCCGCACUUUGGCCGCUCUCCAGUACUCGAGGUCCGCUCUGAGCAUUGGGCGACUCCUAAAUGUCACCUCGCCCAUUUCACUAGGGACAUGCCGCUCCAAGACGACAUGGCCCAAGAGCUUCUCUCAGGAAGAGCUGAGGAAGCGCUUGACACCUAUGCAGUACCAUGUUACUCAGGAAAAGGGCACAGAGAGUGCAUUCAGGGGAGAAUAUACAGACCACAAAGAGGAGGGGAUCUACAGGUGUGUUGUCUGCGGCGCCCCUCUGUUUAUGUCAGAUAAGAAAUUUGAUUCUGACUCAGGAUGGCCGUCCUUUUUUGAUCUUAUCAAAGAGGACUCGAUAACACUGAUGGAUGAUUUCUCUUAUGGCAUGCACAGAGUGGAGACUAGCUGCAGUCAGUGUGGCGCUCACCUCGGACACCUCUUUGACGAUGGCCCCCGGCCCACUGGAAAGCGCUACUGCAUAAACUCCGCCUCGCUCAACUUUGAGCCGAAAAACGUUGCUCCUGAAGGGGCAGAACCAAGUGGCGCUACAGGCCAAUCAUCAUCUUCUAGUAAGAGUGAGCUUUGAGGGGAAUUUCGGUAGACCAGUCAAGUAUUAGAACAUUGACGUAUAUCCUUUAGGGUUCACUCCUGGAUGACCAGAUUCAGGUCAAGCCUGAUGCAUUACAGGUGAGCCUAGCAAUAAGACAGAUACAUCCUCCACCAACCAGAAAGCUAUUCUGUAGCAGUAUUUAAACAGCAUUAUUUCAAUGGCCUUGACUGAUAUGCUCUACUAGUCAGUCACCCAUAAAAAUUCCCCUAUUACAGAGAUGCAUGUUACCUGAAACGGCUCUCCAAGAAUCUGCUGUGUGCUACUGCUUUUACCAUCUACCAGUGGCUUUGAUAGAGCAAGACUAUGGACUGUGAGAUUUUUCUUCUCAAAAAUAUAGUGGAACAUUGUUGCUUGGAACUGAACUAUAUAUGUGUACUUUCACAGAGCGAUGUGUUGUUUUUGAAGUGAUAUUUGAUAUCUGGAGGUCGUGGGUUUAAGGAAAAUGCUAUGCAAAGUGCUCCUGUGAACGGUAAAAUAAACACCAAGUAGAGAACAAAGCAUUCUUUCAAAUAAAAUGGAACAUAUGACAAAUGUUUAGUCUGAACACAAAUGUAGCCUGACUUUUAAGGGUGGGUUUUUUGUCUUCCUGCUUGUGGUGCCUCUUUUUCUCCUUGCCUUGACUAUUUUUGGGGGGUUUUGAUUUACAGAUGGUGUUGACAGUUAUGAUUAAACAAUUAUUGAGUCCUA